AUAGAUUCCAAGAUGCUUAUCUUUACCAUCAGGAUGUGUUCGAAAUGUGAGGUAUGUGCCGCUGUCUGCUAGGAUCUAUAUUUACUUGUUUUGCUGCUAUGAAUCUCGUUUUGUGAGAAAAAGUUCAUGAGUUGAUUGAGUUCUAUAUUUAUGUUUACUGAUGUCACUUUUGAUCCCUGUGCUCUUUAAUCCCAUAUGUUGGCAUUGCAUUUUUUUGUCUUAUGCAUAGAAGCAAAGGUGCACAGGUAAGCUCUUACCACAAAGAAACGAAACAGUAAGGAUUACAUGUCACUCCCACCUGAUUACAUAUGGAGACAAUCUUAACUUUAUUCUUCAAAGCCCUUACGAGUGAGAUCAGAUCUGAAGAAGAUGGAUCACAAAAGACGAUCCCAGCCGCUUGCCUGUGUAAAUAAAAACCUUGCAUCCUCUAGGUAACUCUUCAUCCUAGUAUGAUUUUAAGAAACUGGUAGAGAAAGAGAGGAAGUGUUUGUGCAAUGGCGUAGGAGGAUGUUGGAGUUGCAGCCAUGGAGAGCAGCAUGAAGACUAAGGUGAUGGUGGUAAUUGACAAUUGUGAAUUUAGUGAACAUGCUCUCAGUUGGAUCUUCCAAAAUCUUGGUUCUACCAUUGUAGAUACAGAACUUCUUAUCUACACCGCCCGAAUCCCAGUUGAUAUAAGCUAUUUGUACGCAUCUUCUUGGGCUACAGCUGAGCUGAUGAAGGAACUCAAAGACAGUGAGAAAAAGGCAGCUAUUGACUUGCUGAAGAAGGCUAAAACUAUCUGCAGCAAUCAUGGGAUCCCAGCAGAAGGAAUGACAGAGGUUGGAGACCCUAAAGUGGUCAUAUGCAAUGCAGUAGAGAACUUAAAACAUUCAGUUGCUCGUGGUAGGCAGUCAUGGUGGGGGAGCUGUUACGAGGACAUUGCUGGGGAGUGUCAGCAAUUAUUAUGUUCACCAUGCCAAGUGCCCUGUUCUUGUCAUGAACACAACAGACUGAAUCUAUAACUGUGUGCAUUCUGAUUCA